AUGGAUCUCUGUGUUGGCGAGUGUAGAGAGGUCAUUGCUUGGAUUUUUGUUUACAUGGUCAGGUUGGGUGUUUGGCUAUAA